GGGAGGGACCAGGAGCUCUUAUUAAGGAGAGAGCAGCUCCCAGGCAGCCCAGGCAGCCCAGCCAGGCUCAGCAGCUCAGCUCAGCCCAGCUCAGCCCAGCCCAGCCCAGCCCAGCGCAGCCUGAACAGCUGUUUCCUCCCCCAUGGCCAGCCUCAGCAUGACCAACAGUAGCUCGGAGGCGGCCGGGUACCGGAGCCUGGAGGCUUCCACUGUGCGCCUUCUGCAGCCUCUCUGGGACACGGUCAAGGCCAGAGAGGGGCUGAUCCAGUCCCCCUUCUUCCCAGUCCUCUUCUCGGGCACCACCUACAUGGCCUUCUGCCUUCCUUUCAUCGUGCUGGACUUUGUGGGCUCCAGGGUGCCGGCCCUGGGGAGGUACAAGAUCCACCCCAACUUCUACCCAUCGGCAGGACAGCUGCUGCCCUGCCUGCUGCACACAGUCUACCAGCACGUGGUCUUCAUCUUCCCCGUGACUGUCCUCCACUGGCACUGGGACCCCCUGACCUGGCCAGCCGUGGCCCCCGGCCUCUGGGAGCUCCUCUAUCACGUGACUGUGUGUCUGCUGCUCUUCGAUGCCGAGUACUUCGCCUGGCACGUGCUGCACCACAAGGUGCCCUGGCUGUACCAGACCUUCCACAAGGUCCACCACAAGAACACGUCCCCCUUUGCCUUGGCCACCCAGUACCUGAGCGUGUGGGAGCUCUCCUCCCUGGGCUUCUUCAACUGCCUGAACCCCAUGCUGCUCGGCUGCCACCCGCUGACCACCAUGACCUUCAACGUGGUCAACAUCUGGCUGUCUGUGGAAGACCACUGUGGCUAUGACUUUCCCUGGUCCACGCACCGGCUAGUGCCCUAUGGCUGGUUUGGUGGAGUGUCUCACCACGACACGCACCACAGGAAGACCAACUGUAACUAUGCCCCGUAUUUCACCCACUGGGACAAGCUGUUGGGGACUCUGAGCUCGGACCACUCGGCAGGAAGCCCCCCAUCCCCAGCUCCUUGGAACUGAGCCCCCCACCCGGGGGUGCAAGGUGAAAACAGAGGAAUCUGUUUGAGAGAGAGAGGAGGAGAGAUGGCAUCUCUCGUAUUUUUGCAGUCUGAGCAUUUUUAUUUUGGAUAAAAAGAAUGCAAAGUAAUGUAUAGAUAUAUAGAUAUAUAUAUAGAUAUAUGUAUAUGAUUCCUAGAGAUCUCUAUGUAAAUACCAGUGUCUAGCUAACCUGGGAUAAUGGGCAAGACUUGACCUUGAAUCCCAGCCCUGCAGGGCUGGAUGCAAUUCCUGUCACUCCUUUGCUGUGACAGUCUGGGCUGCUGAUUCUUCCUGGUGAUCGCUCCGCUCUGCCUGGCUCCCUGAGACCCCUUUGGGGAAUGAAUUGCCAUUUUCCCGUGGCUGAACUGUGUCCCUGAGCCAGGCCAGCUCGCACACCAGGAUGGGUUUUGUACAAUGUCUGACUCGCCUAAUUUAUAAUCUGUGGAGCUGAUUCCUGCUGGACAGUGAAAAAGCCAAGAGGAGUUUUCUACUUACCUUCCUCCGUACUGUAAUCUCUAUUUAUACUGCACUACCCUGUGAUGCUCAUGUUUCUGAUUUUUUCCAAAAAAAACCAAAACCAAAACAGACAAAA